AUUCUAUGAUAAUUUGGCCUAAGAAAUGACCUUGCCCCAGCCAUUGCGCAUGCGCAAUAUGCACUAGACUCUGUUCGACAUUGCGACUUCCGCGAUUGUUUUCACGAUCGUCGAUGACUAGUUUGGAGAAUUUAGUGCCAUAAAUAGACGUGAUCAGGGGAUAUACAAGAUGAAAUGUGAUCUUUAAUAUAUCUACGCAUUCCAUUCCAUCAUUUAAAGCGAUCAUGGUGUUCUUUAACGGCUCGAUGAAGCUUAAAAUCUGCGAGGCAAUUGACCUGCGUCCGACGGACUAUUCGGCCCGUUUUACUAAGGGGUCCUCAAAGAAAGGAGAGAUUGAGCCCGCUUUAGACCCAUAUAUUGCAUUUGACGUUGACGAAUCACAUGUUGCACGAACUACAACCAAAGUAAAAACAUCGAAACCUGUUUGGAACGAAGAUUUUACAGCAGAAAUUCAUAAUGGACAGUCAUUCGGGUUGACCGUUUUUCACGAUGCGGCCAUUCCCCCAGACGAUUUCGUCGCUAAUUGUUCACUUUCAUUCCAAGACUUGAAGUCUCAGUCGGAUAUAUGGAUUGACUUAGAGCCCAGCGGAAAACUGCAUGUGAUAGUAGAACUCAAUGGAUCUGCAUCGGAGGAACAGCCGAAGGAACCGAGAGUGUUCCGGGAGAAGGAGGGACUACUCAACCGUCGACGGGGUGCUAUGCGCCGUCGUGUUCACCAAGUUAACGGACAUAAGUUUAUGGCCACCAUGCUUCGUCAACCAACAUUUUGCUCAUUAUGUCGUGAUUUUAUAUGGGGUUUGGGAAAGCAAGGGUAUCAGUGUCAAGUAUGUACAUGUGUGGUUCACAAGAGGUGCCAUCAGCAUGUGGUGACAAAAUGUCCUGGUAUAAAAGACAAGUCAACAGAAGAGACAGAAGAAGGUGCAGGUACAAGAUUUAAUAUCAAUGUUCCACAUCGAUUUUCUGUUCAUAAUUGCAAACGGCCAACAUUUUGUGACCAUUGUGGGUCAUUAUUGUAUGGAAUAAUUCGACAGGGGCUUCAGUGUGAAGCUUGCAAGAUGAAUGUACAUAAACGUUGUCAGAAAAAUGUAGCAAACAAUUGUGGAAUUAACACACGUGACAUGGCACAGAUCCUGCAAGAGAUUGGUUUAACCACCGAUAAACUCACCAAAGGCAGAAAAAAGCCAUCAAUAAGUGAGAAUGAUACUACUCAAAAAUCUUCGGGCAAUGAUUUAAACAGAUUAGGCCAAAUGAUACCAGAUCAAGAUUACUGCCUUGGUGGUAAUAGUCCCAACAAUAGCUUGACCGUCGGUUCAAGUGAAGAUCAUGAUAGACGUGCACGCAGUCCCUCACAGGAACGGUCACGGAGAAAAGAUAAAUACACCAUACACGAUUAUAAUUUUAUAAAAGUUUUAGGAAAAGGAAGUUUUGGCAAGGUAAUGAUGGCAGAGAGAAAGGGUCAUGAUGAAGUUUAUGCAGUUAAAGUUUUAAAGAAAGAUGUUAUUAUACAAGAUGAUGAUGUAGAUUGUACCAUGACGGAAAAAAGAAUUCUAGCUUUGUCAGCUAAACAUCCGUUUUUGACAGCACUUCAUUCCUGUUUCCAAACUAAGGAUCGUUUAUUUUUUGUGAUGGAGUAUGUAAACGGCGGUGAUCUAAUGUUCCAAAUUCAACGAGCAAGAAAGUUUGAUGAGCCUCGGGCCAGGUUCUACGCUGCUGAAGUCACACUAGCAUUAAUGUUUCUCCAUAAGCACGGUAUCAUAUACAGAGAUUUGAAAUUAGACAAUAUUCUACUAGAUAGUGAAGGACAUUGUAAGAUAGCAGACUUUGGUAUGUGUAAAGAAGGAAUGUAUGAAGGCAAGCUUACUCAAACAUUCUGUGGCACUCCAGAUUAUAUAGCUCCUGAGAUUCUACAGGAGUUAGAAUAUGAUGCAUCCGUAGAUUGGUGGGCACUAGGUGUUCUAAUGUAUGAAAUGAUGGCAGGUCAGCCUCCAUUUGAAGCUGAGAAUGAAGAUGAUUUGUUUGAGUCAAUUCUCCACGAUGAUGUUUUAUAUCCAGUCUGGCUUAGUAAGGAAGCUGUGUCAGCACUUAAAGGGUUUAUGACUAAAAAUCCUGUAAAGCGACUAGGAUGUGUAAAGAACCAUGGAGCAGAAAAGGCUAUACUAGUUCAUCCUUUCUUCCAUGAAAAAAUCAACUGGGAACUUCUUGAACAAAAAGCUGUUAAGCCACCUUUUAAACCAAAAAUAAAAUCAAAGACAGAUGCCAACAAUUUUGACAAAGAUUUUACAACAGAAGAGCCAACAUUAACUCCUAUAGAUAUAACAGUUGUAAAGGCAAUUAACCAGGAAGAGUUUAGAGGUUUCUCAUUCAUAAAUCCAGACUAUGGCAAGCUUGACCAAAGCGGCGGAGCCACCGGAGCAUCGUAUCAAUGAUGAAUACCCAUAUUUUAACACACACACACACAAAAAUCCCCCGUCUGCAAAUUUAAGAUUUUUUAAAACAGCUUCAAUUUUUCAUAGUUUAUUUCAUCAAUGUGUAUUGUGACAUGUGACAUGUUUUUCUUUUGUAAGUGUUUGUAAUCACGAGAGGGGAGAGAGGUAAAAAGAAGACAAACAAAAGAAUACCCCCAAAAGUAGAAGAACUGUUGUUUAGCUGCGGAAUUCCAGAUUGUUUUGAUUUUUUUUGGAGGAUAUUCGUGAAAAUACGUGUUUAGAUACAGUCUUUCAAUUAUAUUUCAUCAUCUUAAGGAACAUGGAUGGAGCAAAGUGAAUCUGAGUUUUAUAUAUUAUAUGAUCUUUGAAAAAUGUUUUUUUAUGAAAGGACGGAAGAUUCAUGUAGCCGAGCAUUUUAUUUUUUUUUCGUCAUUGUGACUUAGGAAGCAGUUUUUGACUAAGACUUUAAUGGUUAUAAUGCUAUUACAUCAUCAAAUGUACAAAGUGAAAGAAAAAGCACUUAUUUUCUUCUGAGACGUUGGUGCUUAUAGAAUAUUUUGGAUGGACAUUUUUUGUUUAUAAGG